AUGGUGAUGAGAGGUCAGUAAACUGGACACCCUCCUGGUGUGGCCAGGCGAAAGGUGACCCUCUCUACACUCCUCUUGACCCUCUCUCUGGGUCUGUACACAACACUCAGUCUGUCUCCCCAAAAGGGGGGGGGGGGAUCUGGUCACCAUGACGCCCCAUAAAGUCAAAUAAAUAAUCUCCUCCCUGAUGGUAGUCCCUCACUGUAUUGGUUAGACCAGAGCCAGGGUUAGAUCCAGGGCCUGUACACGAUCUGUGAUGACUCAGCAGGGUUUUUCCUUCGUACACAGUGUGCCAGAGCACCCCACAGGAUGCCGCUCUGCACUCCUCUCCUUUCUUCUUACGCUCCUCUCUAUGAGGUUACAUUUCAACGUAGAUCCCCCACCCUGGGGACUGGCAGAGUCACACUCACACAUUCACUCUCACUCACCGAGAAGGUCUAAUGUUUGUAACAGCUGAGGUGAUUUUAUGUUGUCAAUCCAACAGAAUGGUUUAAACAAUAGCCUUUCACUUUGGGCCCUGGCUAUACUGAUAUGUUACAGUGUCGGUAUGGUCUCUAUACUGUUUGUGUAAGUGGGAUACUGUACAUGUCUCCAAAUCCCCUGACCCCCUGACCUCAUCUCCAGGGGGCUUCUCUCCUCCUCCCCUCUUCCCUUCUGUCACCACUCCUUCCUCCCUCUCUUUCACCCUCCCCUUCUUCUCGGCUCUCUCCCCCAUUGUUGGUGUUACUUGAUAAUUAAUUUGAUCAAAGACCAGACAUUCAACCCUAUAUUAAUCAGCCCUGUUUAAGACUGGGGGAAGGGCGUGUGUGUUUGUGUGCAGGUUGUGUGUGGUAGGUAGUGUGAUUGCAGACAUCUAUGGAGAAGUGUGCAUGUCCAAUUAAUGUUUCCAUUAAUAGAUAGAUAGUCAAUAUCCAUUAAACACAUUUUUAUAUUUAUAUUAAUAGAAAUGUGUAUGUUUGAGAGAGAGAGAGAGAGAGAGAGACAAUAAAGCCCCUUAAAUUGAAUUGAAUUGAGAGAGCGGGAGAGAGAGAGAGAGAGCAGGAGAGAGAGAGAGAGAGAGAUAGUAUAGAAGGAAGUAGAGGCUUCUGGUUUGCGGUAAAGAGGAUUACUCCUCAGCUCCUGUGUCUUUUUACGUUUAAUCGUUGGUACGGUAUAGUGUGAUAACGACAGAGAGAGUGGCAUGGUGCGAUAAAUACAGAGAGAGUGGCCAAAUAAAGUGUUGUCUUGGAUCUUAGACAAUAUAACACCUACUCUACAUGACCUUUUCACUAUUCAGCUUUUCAGGCUUUGUUUUUACAUAGGGCAAUAUCUUAAAUGGCACCCUAUUCCAUAUAAGUGGGGAAUAUGGAAGGGCCAUAAUCUGAAAUGGCCCCACUGUAUAGUUAAUAGGGUGCCAUUUUGGACAUAGCCAUAUUUCGUUGAAUGUUGCGUUUCCUUUGAUCUUGUAUGAUGUUAAUGCUGUAUCUGUGUGCUGGUUGUGUCUCCCUCCUCAGGCCUCAUCCUACUCUUCUACCUAGUGUUCUACAUCUUCCUAGCAGGCAUGUUCUGCCUCACCAUGUACGUCAUGCUGCAGACCUUGGAUGACCACAAACCCACCUGGCAAGACAGGCUUGGUACACCAGGUAUUAUACACUAAUACCACAUUGAGGUUUUGAUCAAGUUAAACCUCACAUUACAAACUAACAUUUAGACAACCACUACUAUAUAGUCGUGAACACCCCAAACAAUCACACAUAGUAUUGUAUACAUAUGAUGAAGGCUAAACCCCCCCAUCUUCUUUCUCUCUUUUCACCAGGCAUGAUGAUCAGACCCAGGGGAGAGGCCAUGGAGAUCAUCUACAACACCCACAACACUGAGAGCUGGGACAUGUAUGCCAAGACCCUGGACAACUUCCUCUCCCGUGAGUCUGUCUGUCUGUCAGCUUGUCUCUGCCUCUCGGUCUGUCUGUCUGUCUCUCUCACGUAAUGUCAUGGGGAAAACAACAUGUUAAACUGUAUUUCUCUCCCAUCCAGCCUACAACAUCUCUCUGCAGGCUGAGAAGAAUGACGAGUGCACACCGGACCAGUAUUUUAUUCAGGCAGACAGUGGUGAUGUGAAGAACAACCCCAAGCGCUCCUGCCAGUUCAACCGAACCCUUCUACAAGAAUGCUCUGGCCUCGAUGACCGUACCUAUGGAUACCAGGCUGGCAAGCCAUGCAUCAUCAUCAAGUUGAACCGGGUAUGGGAGAAGCAGAGAGGGGAGGGGGGCUGGGGAGGGAGGAACUUGGGGUGUUGCUUGGUGAUGUAAGGGAGAGGGGAAUGGAGCAGGAAAUUGUUGGGAGCCUGGAAGCGACCAUACAAUUUAAGUACAAACAACAUUGGAAAAGUUUUGAAAUUGUUUGAUCGACUUCAAAAUCACAACAGUGCUCAGUUGAAUGGAUCCGCUUUAAGGAGGGAUGAAGUGGGGAUGGUGGUGGAACUGCCAGGUUAACACAGGUCUGUCUGUCCCUCUAGGUCAUUGGGAUGUUGCCAGGAAAGGAUGGCCAGGCUCCAUUUGUCACUUGUGGAGCGAAGGUGAGCCUCUCUCUCGCUCUUUCAGUCCGUCCGUCCCCCCUUACGUCCCCUCUCAGAAUGAACCCAUCAUGUCUCUUGUUCUCAUCUAUGUCACCCAUUACCUUCCUUUAUAUCUGUGUUUUUCUUUGCUUGUCUGUGUGGCGUGAACAAUGUCAUUUCAUCCUUUCAUAACGUUGUUCUCUUCUUUUCUGUUACCAUCCAUUCUGUCCUUCCACUCUCAGAGGUACAAAGUUGGCAAAGAUGAAUGGGUAAGGGUGCCACUGUAGUGAUCUUAGUGACAGAUAGAGAGUAGAUAUGUAGUGUAUAGUUGCUAGUGAUACACUGGUACCCUCAUCUUUUUAUAUUCCAAGCUAGAGAGAUACAAUAACUUUGUUGCAUAGCAUGUACAGGUAGACUCAAUGUCUAAAAUAAAUGUAAAUAAAUAGUAGUUUACUAUUGCAAGUCCACAAGUACAGUAUGUAGAUAGACAUGCAGUAAAUGCAAAGAUACAUUUCUACUCUAAUUGUCAUGGUGUCCUUUCAAAGCUCGUCCACUCCUUCAGAUUGGGCAGACCUUCCCUGCUCGUCCACUCCUUCAGAUUGGGCAGACCUUCCCUGCUCGUCCACUCCUUCAGAUUGGGCAGACCUUCCCUGCUCGUCCACUCCUUCAGAUUGGGCAGACCUUCCCUGCCCGUCCACUCCUUCAGAUUGGGCAGACCUUCCCUGCCCGUCCACUCCUUCAGAUUGGGCAGACCUUCCCUGCCCGUCCACUCCUUCAGAUUGGGCAGACCUUCCCUGCCCGUCCACUCCUUCAGAUUGGGCAGACCUUCCCUGCCCGUCCACUCCUUCAGAUUGGGCAGACCUUCCCUGCUCGUCCACUCCUUCAGAUUGGGCAGACCUUCCCUGCCCGUCCACUCCUUCAGAUUGGGCAGACCUUCCCUGCUCGUCCACUCCUUCAGAUUGGGCAGACCUUCCCUGCCCGUCCACUCCUUCAGAUUGGGCAGACCUUCCCUGCUCGUCCACUCCUUCAGAUUGGGCAGACCUUCCCUGCCCGUCCACUCCUUCAGAUUGGGCAGACCUUCCCUGCUCGUCCACUCCUUCAGAUUGGGCAGACCUUCCCUGCUCGUCCACUCCUUCAGAUUGGGCAGACCUUCCCUGCUCGUCCACUCCUUCAGAUUGGGCAGACCUUCCCUGCCCGUCCACUCCUUCAGAUUGGGCAGACCUUCCCUGCUCGUCCACUCCUUCAGAUUGGGCAGACCUUCCCUGCUCGUCCACUCCUUCAGAUUGGGCAGACCUUCCCUGCUCGUCCACUCCUUCAGAUUGGGCAGACCUUCCCUGCCCGCCCACUCCUUCAGAUUGGGCAGACCUUCCCUGCUCGUCCACUCCUUCAGAUUGGGCAGACCUUCCCUGCUCGUCCACUCCUUCAGAUUGGGCAGACCUUCCCUGCUCGUCCACUCCUUCAGAUUGGGCAGACCUUCCCUGCUCGUCCACUCCUUCAGAUUGGGCAGACCUUCCCUGCCCGUCCACUCCUUCAGAUUGGGCAGACCUUCCCUGCUCGCCCACUCCUUCAGAUUGGGCAGACCUUCCCUGCUCGCCCACACACUUCAGACAGAACAUGCUCUAACUAAUGACCUUGAUCCUCUGCCCCUGCAGAAAGAAGACUCUGAUAAGAUUGGAGAGGUGGCGUACUACCCUGAAAAUGGCACCUUCAACCUCAUGUACUACCCUUACUAUGGCAAGAAAGCUCAGGUGAGAAUCUCCUGAUACCAACCUGGCAACACUCAGGAAGCAUCACUUAUAAACCUAUUUUUAUGGUUAGAAUAAAAAAUCUUAGUGAUCCAAUGUUAUUACAUUGUUAUUACGCAUUAAUCUGCCUGUGCUUUCAAUACAUUUUAGAUAAAAUGUUGCUGAAAAAGAAUGCUGAUAGCUUAUGUAACAAUAUCUUAAAAAUUGAACUAUUGUCUUGUUUCAGGUGAACUACUCCCAGCCUCUGGUUGCCAUCAAGUUCCUCAACAUCACCCUCAAUGAAGACAUCAAUAUCGAGUGCAGGAUCAUCUCCAACAACAUUCCUCCUGGGAGUGAAAGAGACAAGUUUGCUGGAAAAGUGUCUUUCAAACUGAGGAUCAACACUAGAAACUAGAUUUACAUUCUCUUUCUUUCACAAACAUUCCCACCCACAUUCUGUGCACAGGUACACACACACAUACAGAAACAGAUAACAGAAUUAACACCCUCUGUUUGACGAAUAGAAUAUGUUUAUAACUUCCAUUUACUGCACCAUUUACCCUAGAUGUCGGGCAUUGUAUGUCCAGUGGAGUGAUGCUGUCAGAAUGGUGCAGUAAAAAGGGUGGUAAUUCUGUCUCUGUUUCUGUGUGUGAGCUUUGGGACUGAUUCUUUUCUGUAAAUUAGUUUGACUUGAAGUCUAUUUACACUGCAUGACUAACUAGGUGAUAUAGAGGACAGAAACACAUAUGAUUUCAAAGUUUGCAAGAUGGAAGCAACACCUCUUACCAGUUUACUGUGACUCCUUCCUUGCUGCCUGCCUCUAGAGUGCCCCUUUAUGUACGAAUAUACACAAAAUACAAUACAAAACGUGUAUAUCUAUUUAUAUAUCAUAUCCUUAUAUCAGUAUGUCUAUUUUGUUGCACUUGAAUAGUCCAACAGCUAAAACGUAUCAUGAAAAAAACAUUUUGGUGGAUGAAUGCAGAGACGGAGUCAUUUUGCAUGUGUGUAUUGUCUUUAGUGUGCUAAGAGGGCAGGAGGCUUCACGUCCCAGCUCUCUGCUCUGUUAUGUGGGAAUUAUAAAUGAGGUUAUGUUAAACCACUGGCCACCAGGAGGGACCACACUGCACUCUGCAGUAAUCAUCCAGUUUAGCCCCCCCCCCCCCCCCACAGCCAUUGUGUGAAUAAAAUGUGAGCUAUAAGAAGAUAGCAUCUCCAACAUGGGGAGUUAUAGAGGUCAACAACUUUGAUUAUGUGUAUGUUUGCAUGUGUGUGUACUGUAUGUCUUUGU